CCCAUAGGGCUUGACUGCACCAGUAAUUUUACAAGGAAUUGAUCGUGUUGCGAUGAAGUGGACAAAUGCUUGUGUUCUCUAACUUCUGGAAAAUUCCUUUAUGCCACACCCUAUCGAAGGCCUUCUCUUCAUCAAGGAGGGCAACAUAAGUAGGCUUCCUGCUGAGUGUGUUGAGUUCGAGGACCAGCUCAAGGCAACACAAGAAACUAAUCAGACUUCCGGAGUGCUGCAGCAGUAAUAGACGAUGUCAAGUUCUAGAAAAAGAAACAAAGAGGACUCCUUUGAGUAUCCUGUACAAUCUUUUGAAGAAUGGUUGGAAAGAGAAAGAAGUGGGAUGGACUGGCCUAUCGUGGAGAUGGAUAAGAUGACCCUUGACCUCAAAACAGAUAAGGGACUUCUUGGUACACAUGCAGAGAUUGUUGAGGCUUUGUCGGAAUAUGCUUCAUUUCCUAUUCACAUUCUGGACAAUCUGGAAGCAAAGGUUGACAGACUGCAAGAGCGACUAGAUUUAUACGCCACUCAGGUUGUUACAGAUGAUGGAAGGUCGUCACGGUUGCAGAAUGAACUCUUCCAUUCCCCAGCAGCAGGACCCGUUGUAUACAAACCAGUGAUGCAACGAGCAGCAAACAGUGACAUGGUGAAAGCACAUCGUGUGCAGGAGAAAGACAACAGCACUGAACUCAGAGCUCUUAUCCUAGGGAGCAAGGCCAGAAGUCUUGAGGUAAUGAGUUAUCCAGGCUUCAACAAGAAUGAAUUAACUGAACUGCCACAUGGUCUUGAGGCACCCCAGAUACUAGACAGGGUUACUAGGGCUCAGGAUUUCAAUGCUGGAUUCAACAAGUUUUGGAAGAAGUUGUUCCUAUCGGAAGCAUCGGUUGCUGUCAUGCAGGACAUGUUUUGGUGGUUCUUUAUCGAUAAAUAUGAGCCAAAGAGAGAAGAGGAGAAGAAAAAGAUUUUCAACAGGAUAGCGGAUAGCUUUGUUGCCCUGUUUGUCAGCGUUAAUCCAGAAAUCAAAGAUAAAUUCUUUGUGGUGUAUGCAGACUGCUUAGCCCAAGCGAUAUUUGCAGCAUAUUGGGAAGCCUUCAUUGACUCGCAUCAUCAGCUGGGGGAUAGGUUCAAACAGAACAUAGCUUCUAUCUGCUCUGAGCUUACAGCAGGUGUUAAACCCAAGCCGUUGUCAUGGAAACACUGGGAUGUGAAGAGGCUACAGCCUAAGAGCAUGAACAAGGAGAAAGAAGAGGAUAAACAUCGAGUGGUACUCAUUAAGGAAGGUCAUAUCAAUAAAGAUGCUGAUUUCUCCAUCAACGUGGAUAUACCCGAUGAGAGCGAUUCCCUUGCCAACGAACUCGGCUCAACGGUAUCACGAGAGAUGACCCUCCUCAACAAGGGUCACCGCUUCCCUCAGACGAUAGCCACCAACGUGGAAGGGGCUCAGACCGAAGUGGAGUCCCACCAAAUAGGUCCAGGUCCCGAUUUUGAGAGAGUUCUGUUUAACAUCAAGGGUCGGAGUCCUCUAGUGGCCCACUAUCUUCACAUGAGACAGCUUGCUGGUAAUCAGAACAUUGGCAGGAAUGUACGCAGGACAGAGGUGGAGAAGCUCCCUCCACCUGCUCCGACCUACCGUGAGGUCAUCAAAGACUCAAACCGUAUGGCAAAGGCUAUGAGUACAGAAUACCAAAAGAUCAGCGAUAUUUUGAACAAGGAGUUAGCAGCUAUUGAGAAGCAGAGGGCACAGCAGGCAAGGGAGAUUGAGGCUCUUAAAUCACAGAUCUUACAGAGGUCAUAUGAUACCAAGAUCUUGAGUGAAAAGAUUCUAGAUUUCAGGGAGUCUGGAAACAGGAACUACCAUAAUGUUCUGGACUUUAACGAUUAUGUAAAGGGGAAAGAAGGAAUUGUCACCAUCAUGAAACAAGACAAAGCUGGCCGUGCCCGCACCCGGCCAAGGAGUAUGAAAACAGAGAGCAGUGCAGAAGAAGAAGGAGAAGAUGAAAAUGAAGAGGAUCCAGCUGACUUGGAUGAAGGAACAUGAAGAAAGAAGGAACACCUUUUUAGGGUUUACGCAAUUGAAGGAAACCAAAACCCAAGAAGAGAAGCAAUCUUAUGCAUUAAAGAUGGGGUUCCGUAUUGAAAGAGUUGGGGAUUUGGAUAUUCAACUGAUCCGUCCACUGGAAUUAAUUUGUUUGUGACCGAUUCUUGUGCUAAAUGUUGCUAAAAUGUGCAGACCUCAACCCCGCCCACUCCCUCUCUUUAGAUAAAAUAAAUACCCCACAAAAUAUGAAAAAUGAAAAUGUCUACCUGUUUUAGGCAUGAAUUUCUU